UGAGAUGGACAUAUCAAGAGUUACUCUUGCUGUUCUUUUAUAUGUUGUACUGCUCAGAGAGAGAAGAAUCUAUGGAGCAGAGAUCGAGGUGAAGGUCAGACCAGGAGACAACAUCACUCUCUACUGUGACCGUCCUUUAACUCAUGGUUCUGUCAUUGUUUGGAUUAGAAACUGCUCUCAUGAACAUCAACCCUCUCUCACAAUAGAUUUUCAGAAAAGUUACCAAGAAACAUUAGGACAUUUCACUCUUCCUAAAAACACCAACAUUAAUUCUUUUGAUCUACAUAUUACUAACAUUACAGCAUCUGAUCUGGGACUGUAUUACUGUGCGGAAUACGAGAAAAAGAUAAAUAAAGAUGAAAAUGGCAUUAUACGCUCAUCUGAUGUGUACAAUUAUGGAAACCAGACAACACGUCUCUCUUUUGCCGUAACUACAUGUUCUGGACCCUCCAGCACUGUCUCACCUCCUCCUGCUUCAGACUGUUUUCUCUGCUGGACGCUGCUCUUCAGUGUUUGUCCUGUGUGCGUUCUCUUCUGCCUCAUCUGUGUGUACUGCCUCUGUCAGAAGAAAACUACAGAUGGUGGAACUGAUCUCAAAGAACAUAAAGGUAGAAACUCUCCUGAGGGUGAUGAUGAUGAAGUGUGUUAUGCUUCCUUGGAAGUAACAACUAGAAGACAGAAACGUCUCAAAAGGAAGCAGCCGCAGUGUUCUGACUUUAGUACUUAUGCUCCGAUCAGAACACACACAGUACAAAACUUCUGAUGGUUUGAAGGAAUGCAGGUGCCAUUUCAUGAAAAUGUUUUGACGGAGACAACUAAUUUCAUGUCUAACUUUGAAAAAUGAAUUAUAUAAGACAGUACUAUUUAAGCGUGUACAUUUCACAAUGUCUCUUCAUUCUCCACUCUGUUCAUACUGUCUGAGAAGUGAACUCACAGUAUUCUUGUCCAGUAUAUUGCAGUUGUGUUUUUAAUGCUCAUGGAUUUUUAUAGAGUGUUGUUGUGGUGUGCUGUGGCAUCUGACCCUCUUUAACUGUGUGUUGGUGGAUAUAGAUAACUUUGAUUCUGCGAUUAAACAAGUUAAAAUAUAGGAUGAGAGUAUAGGAUUUAUUCCUUUAUGUUGUUUUAAAUAUGUUUCUAGCUUUUGUAAAUGCUGUUGUUUAUAUUAAAGAUAAAAGGAAAGGAACUUUAAUCUGACUUUUUCAAUGAACACCUUUUGAUACCUAAUAUGUUGAGAGAUGUAAGUAUUCUGGUCCUGCUGAGUAGGUAAAGUUGAUGUGCCUGAUAAAACCAAACACAAAAGUAGCCUCUUUGGCAACAUUUGUUUGUAGUCAGAAGUUCAUAUAAAUAAAUGAAUUGCUUUUGCUUUGUCAUAUUUUCUCAUAUUUUGGAUCUGUGAAUGUAAGAUUGACCAGUUUAAAACACAAGUAAUUACUUAGUUUUUUUACUAUAGGUUAAAGAUUUCUGAGUAAAGAUUUCUCGGAUCUUCAUAGUUGUUACUAUUGCAUAAUUUUACCAGCCGCUUUUCUCGGCGAAGGGUCUUUUAUUCUCAGCAAUAUAAUCUUACCACAUAUGUUUCCACUUAAGUUGGAUGCAUUUGAGACAAAAAAAGACAUGAAGUUGUUUGUGAAGGUGUAAAUGCUUGCUCAUGUGGUCAGUUUGUGGUGGCGUUGGUUUGAAUGCAUGCUGUGUCUGCAGCUUUACACUUUCAGACACUUGAGAAAGCAAGACAUCAUAACAUUUACUAAGAAAUAGCUGUUGUGGUUAUUGGACGAAACAUUGAUUACCUACUGUAGACCAAAUGGCUACUCAA